AUGACGACACUCAUCAACCAGAACCCCAUCAUUUACGAGGCCUCAGCCGGACACUCGACCAGAGAGUGGCGGGAGGAAGACGACGACGAAAACUUGGCCGACACCAUCGACGCACAGGAGAUCUUUGAUCUCAUUCGCUCUAUUUCGGACCCUGAGCACCCCUUGUCAUUGGAGCAGCUGAAUGUGACCCAGAGGGAUCAUAUCCAGGUCUCGGACGAGAACAACAGUAUCCUGGUCGAGUUCACCCCCACCAUCCCACAUUGUUCCAUGGCCACCCUCAUUGGCCUGUGUAUCCGUGUCCGACUCCUCAGAUGCCUGCCUUCUCGCUUCAAGGUGGAUAUCUCGGUCAGGAAAGGAACUCAUCAGAGUGAGCAUGCAGUCAACAAGCAGCUGAACGACAAGGAGCGUGUGGCUGCAGCAUUGGAGAACUCGCAUUUGCUUGAGGUCGUUAAUCAGUGUCUUGCAACGGCGACCAGUGGAGGCGUUGUUGCCAACAUUGUCAAGGGACCUGCCAUCGUCAACUAA